AUUUUUUUUUUUGCUCGCUUGGCCAGCUCUACCUACAACGCAAUCGACUGAGAGACACUCUCAGCAUACGAUGGGAGAGAAAUCCUCGAUUCCCAUGUCCUGCUCUCAUCCAUGCCCUGGAUGAUUGUAUCCCAUUUACGGCCGACGGCCGCGCGAGCUGAAGCUGUGGCAAGGCGUUGUACCAUUCGGUCACCUUGCGCUGGGCGUCUGGAAUGUGGGUGCUUGGUAGUGACUUUGCGAGGGAUUGGCUUUAUUUCCGCGGAUGAGCCAACGCAACUUGGUGUGUCCAUUGUUGAAGUUAGCAGUCCAACGCCACAGGCGGUCAGGGGCGGUAAUCCACCCGGUACGUCACCGCCGGAUUGGAGGAGCUCGGACCGGACAAAUUGAGCUUUGGGAGAGGCGUCGGGGCGCUCCUGCAACUUGGUAGCAUGUAUUUAAGGGCGAAGCCUGCAGAUGUGGAUACCCAACUAAUCGACGGUAUCCGACAUCUCAGUGGGGCCCAUUAACAUCC